AGUACAGUACUGCGUCUUAAAAACAAGCAUAUUGUAAAAGUCCUCAAUGUCUCAUAAAUAAGGGUGUGAGAUUUUGCUCUGCUCUGUGCGGUUCACAGUGUGUUACUGUAUCAGAUUAUCAAUUAGCUUUCUAUAGUCAGCACUACAGCUUCUUAAGGUCUUAAACAUCAACUGACACUCAUGGCCGAUCAACUGACCCCAAAACAGAUUGCUGAAUUCAAGGAGGCUUUCUCCAUGUUUGAUAAAGAUGGUGAUGGUACCAUUACAACUCAAGAGCUGGGCACUAUAAUGAAAUCCCUGGGCCAGAACCCAACUGACCAAGAGCUGAAAGACAUGAUCAGCGAAGUGGAUGCAGAUGGGAGUGGAUCAAUUGAUUUCAACGAAUUCUUAACCAUGAUGGCUAAGAAAAUGAAAGACACCAACACUGAAGAAGAAGUUCGUGAAGCCUUCAAGGUUUUUGACAAGGAUGGUGACGGGUCCAUCAGUGCAGCUGAACUGCGGCAGGUCAUGAAAAACCUGUGGGAGAAAUUAACAGAUGAAGAAAUUGAUGUAAUGAUCAGGGAGGCUGACGUAGAUGGAGAUGGACAGGUCAAUUAUGAAGAAUUUGUGCAAAUGACGAUUUCGAAGUGA